AUGACGACCGUCGUUCGCAACCUGGAUCUUGUCGCUCCGGACCGCCCUGAUCACCAACACUCGACCAUGGUAGAUAAGUUUCCCCUCGUGUCCGCUGUCCAACACAGCCCCUCUCCGAGCCUCGAUGGCCCGCUUGGAGUUCGGUCUUGUAGCUUCGCAUUGCGCUCGCCCAGUUUGCCUUAGAUCCUCUGCGCGCCCCCUUGCUAGAACCUCGCCCGACUCGCGCGCUCUCGCACCUCUCUCCCUCUUCUCUAUCGUUUCACUCGCCUAGUCAGACUGCUGAGUUUCGGUAGAGAACAGGUCGUUCGGCUACGCUCGCGCCCCCGCGCUGCGCCCGCUCCGCCUCACGACAUCUCGACCUGGGAGUACCUUGCGACGUCGACCUGCCUCGCAACCUCCCCGAAACGAUCCGGCUCGUGCCGCCUCACGAAUCCUCAGCGACCCACGGUCCCAACUUAAAAAAACUGAGGGUCGAAUGGCGCUCUCGACCCAGACGCAGGCCCCGCAACAUGAAUCACCUUGUCGUCUCGCACGCAAGAUUGUGAGUCAUUUAAGCUGUCAUCUUGACCGGAAAUCGAGCGGGCACCAAAGUCUUCAUCCCUCGCAUGCGACUUGAGAGGAAUGCGACUAGCAGUUACCAGCGUGUUUUCAUCUAA